AUGAAGUUCUUCAUUGCUGUUCUGGCCCUUGCCGCCACCGCCAUUGCCGGCAGAAACAUGGACUCUCCCACUUGCGAGGAUGGAAGCAGUGUUGUCUGCAAGGGUAACGGCGACAGUGGUGUCAUUUCCCUGGGCAACGUCGCCGCUGGCGCUGCUGGUGAGAACUGCGCCACCGGUGCAAUCUACUGCUGCUCCGAGCAGGACAUCAAGGACCUGGGCGUUGUGAACCUCAACUUGAACAUUCAGUGCAGUUUGAACCAAGUGCUCUAA